CGCCCCUUAUCAUUUAUGAAUCAGCUGAUCAGCCAACGGCUCCCAGGGGCCGUUGUGUUUCGUCGUUGCGUUGUGUGUACAGUGGUACGCUGCGACGACGACGUUCAACCGCUCUCCAGAGGCUCGCCCGACUCUCCCGCUUACCCACCGAUCCUUAAUAUUGCGAAGCGAGGAUGUCUCUGAACACGGCCCACGCCAAUGGCGGCGUUCUUAUACACGCCGGCGAAUGCAUAUUAUUGUUUAGCGACAAUGUAACAAUGGAGUUUCAUGGUCAGGAGCAGCCGGAGUUCCUAAAUACUAAGAAGGGACGGUUGUAUCUGACAACACAUAGAAUGAUAUUUAAUGCAAAAGACCAAAGGGAAAAGAUGCAAUCUUUUAGUUUUCCAUUUAUUACACUUAGAGAAGUAGAGGUAGAGCAGCCUAUGUUUGGUGCCAACUAUAUUAAGGGCAAAUGUAGGGCACAGCCAAAUGGUAAUUGGAUCGGAGAGUGCAAGUUCAAGUUACACUUUCAAAGCGGAGGAGCCAUUGAAUUUGCAUCGGCGAUGUUGAGAGCCGCGCAAUUAGUCCAAAGAAAUGGUCCGGACUUUGAUGCUCCACCAGCUUAUCAACCACCUUCGACGAAUUGGUACGCAGCCCCGCCACCUGCUUAUCAACCUGCCCCUGGAUACUACGGCUGGAUGCCACCUUCCGGUGCAUUCCCAGAUCAACCACCAGCAAAUAGUGUAUUCAUGACAGACAUGCCACCUCCGUAUCCAGGGAUAAACACAUCGUAUCAGGGAUACGCAAGCGGUGGAGCACCCCAACAGCCUGGAGCAUGGGGUGCCUCGCCUCAGCAGCAUUCGCAUCAGCAUGCACAACAGAAUGGAGCGCCUGCCUGGGCUAAUCCCAAUUACAAUGGUCAGCUGAUGUCCCAAGCAGGUGUGUACUCCAAUUAUGGACAGCCCGCACAACAAAAUUAUCCGCAGAAUCCCCUGCCGUACUCCUCCUACACACAAGCUCAAGGUUACGGUGCUCCGCAGGGUCCUUAUUCACCUCUGCCGCAGGGCACUUAUACACCCCAGCAGCAGGGGCCGUACGGUCAGCCACAAGCUGGACCCUAUGGUCAGCCAGGAGCUUAUCCUUACUCCCUUCCCUAUUAGAAGCAAUUUAUGUAACGAGUCAAACUAUCUUUGGACAACCUCAAGUCCUUCAGGCAUAUCAUUUCUCUCUUGUUUUCGAUUACUCAUCCCUUUUAUUAUUUAAAAUUAAGCAUUUACCAUUAAAGUGAUGUAGGACAAAGUCAUUAGUAGCUCAUGCCGUUGUCUUUGAGAGAAUCUCAGAAUUUUAUAAUUAACUUGAAUUCUCAAUUUGUAAAUGAUGGAUAAUGAUUAUUGUAGCUAUUUUUUAUGGACAUCUGUUAUAAACUCUAAAUGAAACUAUCGAUAGUUCAACAGGUCAAUUAAGAAUUCAGCAUUGCUAAAUUACAAAAUUUUAAUAUAAUCUUAAAAGUCUUUUAAAACACAAAUAGCUUAAGAUCGAAUGGAUUUUACACUUUUAAGCCACUUCCAUUAGUGACACCGAAUCGAAAGGAAACAUAUAGAUAUAUUAUAAUUAGUUAUAUAAUACCAAAGUUAAGUGAUGAAAU